GGCGGGCUGCGCGUGCAGAUCCGGUUGGAGGGGAACGGAACGCCGAGGACGCACGACGUGUCGGACUUUUCCUUUCAGACAGACACACACAACGGGGGGGGGGAGGAGGGGAAACAUGGGCGUCCUCUGGGAUUAAUUUUAACAUCCACAUGACCAACUUCACACUACUUAAGAAACAACUUGUUUGAAUAAACGCAGAAGGACCGAUUUCCUUCCCACAGUUCCGCGACCCAUGAAGAGGAAUAGCGCGAUUUACGCGCCGCUGGUGCCUCCGACUGGCCGCCCCCGUCCUCGCGCGCGCCAGCCCGUGGAACCCGCGCCACUGCCCGACUCCGACUGCGCACCAACAGAGGAACAAGUCUGCCAUGGAGAACCAUGCAGCGCUUUGAACCCAUGGAGACAUGGCACAUAGGCUCCUCUCGUCCACGAACAGAUCCAGCACCAGAUUCGCCUUCAUCUUCACCGUGUCGCUGUCCUGCACCUAUCUGUGCUACACCAUCCUGUUCUGCCGCGGCACCGUCAUGACACGCCAGGCUCACGAGGGGAAGAGAUGCUCACCGAGCAAGAACGCGGCGGGGAAGAAACUUCUGGAAAAAUUGGACAAUUGCGCGUCGCUGGGAGUCCGCUCCGUCGUGGGCGACGCCAGCGAGCCGCCGAGCAGAGCCCCGGCCAACCCGGGGGGGCAGUGGGCCGACGUGAAGUUCAGAAACAUGAGCGUCGCGCAAAGGUUCGGGGACAAGAAGUUGCCGAACGCGUUAAUAGUCGGUGUGAAGAAGGGAGGCACCAGGGCGGUGCUGGAGUUCAUCCGGAUACACCCAGAUGUGCGCGCUCUUGGAACAGAGCCGCACUUUUUCGACAGGAACUAUGACCGAGGGCUCGACUGGUACAGGGGACUAAUGCCCCGGACGCUAGACAGCCAGAUCACAUUAGAGAAGACGCCCAGCUACUUCGUCACCAGGGAGGCGCCCCGACGCAUCUCCGGCAUGUCCCGCGAGACCAAGCUGAUCGUGGUGGUGCGCAACCCGGUCACCAGGGCCAUCUCGGACUACACGCAGACCCUCUCCAAGAAGCCCGACAUCCCGGCCUUCGACCGGCUGGCCUUCAAGAACCGGAGCCUGGGCCUGGUGGACUCCUCCUGGAACGCCAUCCGCAUCGGCAUGUACGCGCUGCACCUGGAGAACUGGCUGCGCUACUUCCGCCUGUCGCAGAUGCACUUUGUGAGCGGCGAGCGGCUGAUCACGGACCCGGCGGGGGAGAUGGGCCGCGUCCAGGACUUCCUGGGGCUGAAGCGCAUCAUCACGGACAAGCACUUCUACUUCAAUCGGACCAAGGGCUUCCCCUGCCUGAAGAAGCCGGAGAGCAGCGGGCAGCCGCGCUGCCUCGGCAAGUCCAAGGGCCGGACCCACGUGCAGAUCGAGCGGGACGUCAUAGAGCAGCUGCAGGAGUUCUACAGGCCGUUCAACGUCAAGUUCUUCGAAACCGUGGGGCAGGACUUCAAGUGGGACUGAGAGGGGGCGGACAUUAACGGCAUCAACGGCAUUGUUGAAGUGUUUCAUUCUGCUCUAAAUGAGAGCUGCACCAAAUAAUUACUCCUCGGGAGAACUUUUCCUCCUUAUUGUCGUCGAAAAGGUCACCUGCGGCAGGUUUACUGGAUACGUGUAUUGCAACUGAAAAAGGUCAAAUAAAACAACAGCUAUAUUUAAACAGAUGCUAUGUGGCUGACAAAGGGUUACCGUUUGUUGAACUUCAGCGCUUCCUGUGUCGGUUUUUUGUUGUGAUCAUCGAAAUAAAAAGGUAAAAGUCUUGAAUUCAAGUAUUUAUUUGGGAUAAGUUCUGCUUUGAAUGAGUGAAAGUGGUGUUUCUUUUCAAUAGUCCCCACUACGCAUCACCCCUGUCUCCCACAAAAUGAUUUUCCCGUACAAGGAAACCUUUUUUUUCUCUCCCGAUAACUUGGACACAAGCAGCAGUCAGACAUUAAUAACACGUAAAAAAACAAAUGCAACUAAAGAAAAGGCUUAUGUCUAUUCCUCGUAAUAAUAAACGGUACGAAUGCAAUUUGAAAUCUUGUUGGUUAACCAUGGCCUGACGAGUUAACACUUGCUCCAGUGUUCCACACACGCGACUACAAUGACAUCCAGGAUUCAUUUGAUUCGGGACACGACGCCUCCGGUCCAAAUCUCUCAGACGUAUGACAUGUAUUAAUCAGAAAGGGGAGCUGACCUGACCCUAACCAAGGGCUGCCGCGCGUGCCACUGAUCUCAUUAACAUUCAAGAUGCCCCUUUUGAUAGAAUGAAGGGGCCAGACUGACCUCUCGGAUCUGCAGAUGGAAGCCAAUCAGAGUCGCCAUUAAUCCAUCUCCAAAAGGUUCUCUGACACCAAAGAGGAGGUUAUGGCGACGAUGGGAAUGGAGCGUCUACGGGCGGAUUGUUUUGGACGCCUCCUGGUAAUCCUCGUGUCCCGUAGGAAUAGGGUUUGGUGAAAUUGGACGCUCUGCAGUCUCUAGAUUCACCAUUCGAGCCCAGACCUGGUCCUGAUGCUGCUGACUCAUCCGUUCUUUCUGUUCGUGGUGAAUCCGGUUGUUUGCAGCAGGAAGCAUUGAAGGUCCAUUCUGAGACAUGAUAAACUUGGGGUUAUUUAUUUGAUCAGAUAAUACGAUAAUCGAUGCAGAGCAAAGUGCCUGAAGCAGCACUGCAAGGAUUUAAAUACCAGGGAGUUCCUCCACAGGUGUUUCAUUGU